GAAAGGAACCGGUGGCAGCUUGGUUCCUGCGCGGAUGCUGGGGCUGUAGACGCCGAGCUUUCAGCUGGUUGCAGCUCCCAGGGAGGAAGACGCCGGGGCUCGCCUUCCCUACGCUGCCUCCGCCACUGCCAUGAUUCCGGUGUCGCUGGUGGUAGUGGUGGUGGGCGGCUGGACUGCCGUCUACCUGACCGACUUGGUGCUGAAGUCAUCUGUGUAUUUUAAGCAUUCUUAUGAAGACUGGUUGGAAAACAAUGGAUUGAGCAUCUCCCCAUUUCACAUAAGGUGGCAAACUGCUGUUUUCAAUCGUGCCUUUUACAGUUGGGGACGGCGGAAAGCGAGGAUGCUUUACCAGUGGUUCAAUUUUGGAAUGGUGUUUGGCGUAAUUGCUAUGUUCAGCUCUUUUUUUCUCCUGGGGAAAACGCUGAUGCAGACUUUGGCACAAAUGAUGGCUGACUCACCCUCUUCUUAUUCUUCUUCCUCUUCUUCCUCUUCCUCUUCUUCCUCUUCCUCUUCUUCCUCUUCUUCCUCUUCAUCAUCUUCCUCUUCCUCCUCUUCUUCCUCCUCACUUCACAAUGAACAAGUGCUACAAGUUGUGGUUCCUGGUAUCAAUUUACCUGUCAACCAACUGACCUAUUUCUUCGCUGCAGUUCUCAUUAGUGGUGUUGUACAUGAAAUUGGACAUGGGAUAGCAGCUAUUAGGGAACAAGUUCGAUUUAAUGGCUUUGGGAUUUUUCUCUUCAUUAUUUAUCCUGGAGCAUUUGUUGAUCUGUUCACCACUCAUUUGCAACUUAUAUCACCGGUCCAGCAGCUAAGGAUAUUCUGUGCAGGUAUCUGGCAUAAUUUCGUCCUUGCACUCCUAGGUAUUUUAGCUCUCGUGCUCCUCCCUGUAAUUCUCUUGCCGUUUUACUACACUGGAGUUGGGGUGCUCAUCACUGAAGUUGCUGAGGACUCACCUGCCAUUGGACCCAGAGGCCUUUUUGUGGGAGACCUUGUCACCCAUCUACAGGAUUGUCCUGUUACUAAUGUACAAGAUUGGAAUGAAUGUCUAGAUACCAUCGCCUAUGAGCCCCAAAUUGGUUACUGUAUUAGUGCAUCAACUUUACAGCAGUUAAGCUUCCCAGUUAGAGCAUACAAACGGCUAGAUGGUUCGACUGAAUGUUGUAACAAUCACAGCCUCACAGAUGUGUGCUUUUCCUACAGAAAUAACUUUAAUAAGCGUUUGCAUACAUGCCUACCCGCCCGGAAAGCAGUUGAAGCCACACAAGUUUGUAGAACCAAUAAAGAUUGUAAAAAAAGUUCAAGUUCCAGUUUCUGUAUAAUACCUUCUUUGGAAACUCAUACUCGCUUAAUAAAAGUGAAACAUCCUCCUCAAAUUGAUAUGUUGUAUGUAGGCCAUCCACUGCAUCUUCAUUACACAGUGAGCAUCACCAGUUUUAUCCCACGCUUCAACUUUCUAAGCAUAGAUCUGCCUGUGGUUGUGGAGACAUUUGUCAAGUACCUGAUUUCCCUCUCAGGAGCUCUGGCUAUUGUUAAUGCAGUGCCCUGCUUUGCUUUGGAUGGUCAGUGGAUUUUAAACUCUUUCCUAGAUGCCACCCUUACCUCAGUGAUUGGAGACAAUGAUGUCAAAGAUCUGAUAGGAUUUUUCAUCUUGCUUGGUGGCAGUGUACUUUUGGCUGCCAACGUGACCCUGGGACUCUGGAUGGUUACAGCACGGUAAUAUUUGCAUUCAUCUGGCAGAAUGAUCCUUGGUAUGAAAUAUAAAGUGUUUCCUUAAAAUUACAUUUUAACUAACAACUUUAAGCUCCUCAUGUAUCAGAAUAUCCAAACUCUGGGAUGGAGGAUAAACAGAAGAAAUGAAAGGCAUAGUCUCUGACUACAUUCUGAUUUUAAAGAUUGAACUUAACAAAUUUCAGAUGCUUGUGGAACAAUUUCUAAACAAGUGAAAAUUCAUGUUAAACCAUUUUGUGCAACUCCGGAUCAUGUUGCAGUAGUGUAAAGGAGAACAGAAUUAGGUGGAAUUAACUGGGGCAAACUUUUUGAAAAAACAUCAUGAAUCCAGAUUUGAAGAAGACCAGAAUCUGGCCAAGUGGAAGGGUGAGCAUUUUCUUGGCCUGUAUCUCUUGUCCUUUGUCUUGUUUGAAAAGAAUUUUAAGAUUUAAUGGUGUAUUAUUUUGUACUCUGACAACUGAGGUCUGAUUGCAGUUAAUAAAAUUCUAUAAAAGUAUCUGCUGACAUGAAAGGAGAAAUUUUUGUCAAAUGAUGCCAAAUAAGUGGAAAAAGUAGGAAGUAGGGCCUACAAUACCAUGAUGCAUGUUUUGCCCCACAGGAAUUGUCUCUUUGAUGUGUCCCCAUGCCCUCAUAAAGCAGCACUAGCCUUAACAUUUAGAGUGAGCUGAAAGAGGUGUCUUUCACUUGCAGCCUGUGAGCUGAGGAAGUUAAAGUUGAACCUCAGAACUGAGCCUGGUCUUCUAACAGAUCACAAGACAGAUCUGCUACAGUCCUGGUUACCAUUCUCUACAAAGCUUUGAAGCUCGAAACCCUUCCAGGGUAGACAUUUUCUCUUGUGCUGCUGGGGUUAUCUGGGGCCUAGGUCCUGGGUUCCUGUCUUCAAGAAGCACCUACCUUAAGCUCUCAACCAUACUUUGUCCUCACCAGCAGCUUCCAUGUUUCUCUAUAUUAAGUAAUUAAAUGCCCAGGCCUUGCUUUCCAUCUUUCCUCUAAGCUACCUCUAUGGGUCCACAGAAGACUUGGUAGUACAGUGAGAAUGGCUACACGGGAGUACAGAUGUGGACUUGCCAGAGGCUGGGAACUGACUCUUGAGCCCAAAAGUGCCCUGAGUAGUUCAAGGUCUUUUGCACUGGAGAUGCAGCCCUGGAAGAUCCAGAAAGUCAACAGGCCACUGUGAAGCUAUUGGUCUUCUAAGUGUAUGAGCAUGCAAUUCUUUGAUGAAAAAUAAGUGCUUCUCUCAUGCACUCAAGAACAUUAACACCCAUGUACCCAACUUCUUCACUAAGUGAGAUAUUCCAUGGUGUUCACCUUUUUCCCAUCAUUGAGUUGCUCUUCAGGCACUAAAACUUUUUAAUCAUUUUUAAGAAACUCUUUAGACUGUAUUACAAGUUUGCCUGCCUUCUUAAAUAGAAAUUAUAUAUGGAGUAUGUUAAGAUGUUAUUAAUGACUUGAGGUCAUCAGUUAUUACCGCUAUUAAAACCGUACACAUUAUUCGUUUAUCCCAGAAAAAAAAAAAAACUUUUGUUGUGUUCUUCGGUAGAUAGUCCUUUGGGAUCAAAGACUGUUAGCAGAGUGAGCUCAGACCUGUUUAGGUAGUAGAGCCUGGGAAAUGCCAUGAAAUACUUGUAUAAUUAAUUUGAUUACAUAAACUAAGCAAUUUACUAAUCAACAUGUUGUAUAUGUGCAGGUCAGUUUUUUGAAACUGAGAAAAAAAUCUUAAUAGAGGAAAUCCUACCCCUUAACUUCUUUCUCUGGGGAAAAAAAAAACUAAUUUUCUUGUAGAAUUUGAACAUCGUGGUCUGUUGCUCUCUAGGGUCAGGAUUUGGGAACCACCCUUAUUAGGAUAUUGAGCAGAUCCAUCGCAUUUGUAUAGAAAUGACCUUAUCAUGCAAGCAAGGAAAUGUUAUCUGUGUCCAGCUUGACUGUGGGCACUUCUGGAGUAAGGACCAUGUCAUACUCAUCUUUGCAUCCCUGGGACAGUGCAUGAGACAUCAUAAAUACUUAAUAAAUGUGGUUGAAUGGAUGAUGAAUAGUGUUAUUUAUGGAUUAGAAAAGCAUGUUUCUAUUUAAGCUACAAAUAGUAUUAUUGAAUACUGUAUAUAUAUGUUAACAUAAAAAAUAACUUGGAAGGUCUUUGUGUCCUAUAAAGAUAUUAUCAUCUUUAUGAAAAUAAUCCAUUUUGAUUUCUGUAGAGCAAUUAGAAAAAUGAAUUAUUUUAAGGAUUUGAAGAAAAUGUUCUUUCUGUGUUGUCACGUUGUUCAACAGUAAAACUUUAUUUUCAGUGUUCCUACUCUACAUUGUUUACAUUUUCAAGAGGUUUUUUUUAAUCCCCUAUAAUCUGUAUACAAGGUAUAUAUUUUUUCAUCUCAGUUUGAAAAGACAUGCAGUUAAACUUGACAUUUUGAUAAUCGCCCUUAUAGGUCAUGGUCAUCUAUUCUAACAGCAAAUUUCAAACAAGCACUUCAUGGAUACAUGGCUCUCAGUCAUCAGUUUGUCCUAUGGUAUUUAUUGAACAUCCACAUACUAAUUAAUGGUGCACAGGUAUUUUUUCCUACAGAUCUUGCGACUGUGCUGUAAUUCAUUCUUAGUAUUUAACUUGAAGAUACCAUGGUUCCUGGCAUUUGAUGUUUAGCAAUAAAAGAAUAAAUGUGUACCAGCAUUGUAUGUUUUA